GAGGAAUCAGAUUGUUUUGUGUUAUGAUUGAGGUGAAUGUUUUGUGACAUUGUCCAGAAGAAGAACAUUUAAUGGAACAAGAUAAGUGUGAAUGUAAACUUUGAAACAUAAUUCAAAGAGGUGUGUGUCAGUGUUGAAAUGUAGAAACAAAUGAAUACUUAAGAAAAUAUGCUGUGGAGAGAGUGUUGUGUUCAAUGUCAUUUUUUAAAUUUAAACAGCAACAUAAUCAUGAUUGAAAUCCAAACUACAAAACACAAACACCAUCAGCAGUGCACUGUACAGUGUCGAAGAUAUAAAGCUGAUUAUACUUCGAUCGUAUUCAAAAUUUUCCACUCUCAAUUUCGCAUCUUGCGCAGUUUGACCCUCCAACAAGAAAGGUAAAUUCUGGCACCAGCUUGUGUAGGCUUCCACUGCGUGAGCAAAUUUAAACACAUUUCAAAACUCAAUCCUGUUCAAUGUUGCAUUCAAGAUGUUGAAGGUCGUAAAGUCUCAGCUGAUCAUGUUCCCAAACGCACCUUUUUCAGUGUUUAAAUUUUCCCUCCCAAUCGCAAUCUGAAAGUUGUUUACUUUUGCAACUGGAAAGUCGGACAUUCAACACACGUUUGUUUCUCAUUGUAUGCAUUUUGUAAUUGGGUUUUCAAUUUUGAUUCAUGUCGCUGUUUAAAUUUGAAAAUCAACAUAGAGCACACCCAUAAUCUUCCAAAAUUUUGGUCAUACCUUUUUGUCUCGCCUGCAUAGCAGAGCGAGACUAUAGGCACCGCUUUUCCGACGGCAGCGUCGUCAACAUUGAAAUCUUAACCAAGGUUAAGUUUUUAAAAUGUCAUCAUAACUUAGAAAGUAUAUGGACCUAGUUCAUGAAACUUGGACAUAAGGGUAAUCAAGUAUUACUCAAUAUCCUUCCUGAGUUUCUGGUCACAUGACCAAGGUCAAAGGUCAUUUAGGGUAAAUGAACUUAGACCAUGUUGGGGGAAUCAAUAUCGAAAUCUUAACCAAGGUUAAGUUUUUGAAAUGUCGUCUAGUUCGUGAAACUUGGGCAUAAGGGUAAUGAAGUGUUACUGAACAUCCUGCCUGAGUUUCAGGUCACAUAACCAAGAUCAAAGGUCAUUCAGGGUUGAUGAACUUUGGCCAUGUUUGUGAAUAUUUGUUGAAUUACCACCGUAACUUUGAAAGUUUAUGGAUGUGGUUCAGGAAACUAUAGACAUAAGAGAAAUUAAGUAUCCCUGAACAUCCUGUGUGAGUUUCAGGUCACAUGACCAAGGUCAAAGGUCAUUUAGGGUCAACAAACUCUGAUAAUAUUGGAGAUAUUUGUGGAAUUGUCAUCAUAACUUCAAAAGUUUAUAUAUCUAGUUCAUGAAAUCCUUCAUAAGAGUAAUCAUGUAUCCAAUUCAAUUUUCAAUUCAAUUCUGGUUUUAUUGUGAAAAUGGUACAUGACAAAAGUCCGAAGACUCAUAUCAUAUUUACAAAGUCAAAAUGUACAUGGAUAUUAUUAAAAGAUUACAAUAUAUCACAAUUCUAGUGCUAGACAAAUAAUCAACAAAUAAAGCCCUGAAUAUCCUGUGUGUGAUUCAGGUCACAUGACCAAGAUCAAAGGUCAUUUAAGGUCAAUUAACUUUGGCCAAGUUGAGGGUAUUUGUUGAAUUGGCAUCAUAACUAAAAAGUUUUUGGAUCUACACAUGUAGUUCAUGAAACAUAGACAUUAGGGUACUCAAGUAUUGUUUUGCACACGUCUUAGCUGACAUGAUCAUGGUCAAAGGUCAUGUUGGGUCAAUUGACAUAGUAUUCUAUUUUCAUACGAGUGUUUUCUUUUGUGAAUAAUAAAUUAUUCUAUAGCUGUUUUCAAAGUCAGCACUGCUGCUAUAUCGAAUCGCGUAAUGCAGGCGAGACUGCCAGAGGCGUUCUACUUGUUCUUAUUAGUCUUCAUUAAGAUUUGCUGCCAUACGUGUAUGUCAUUAAUGUUAGUGUGUUAUGCCCCAGGGGUGGUAUUACAAGUAUGCUCUAGAUGGAAUGUUGAUAUUAUGUUCAGUGUGCACAAUGCAUAUUUCAAGAGGUUUUUUUAUAUAAAUGUAUCUACAUGAAUGCGCUGUGAAACCUGUGAUGUUCAAGGUUUAGUCAGUAUGUGAUGCAGAUAAUGACAAAAGGGACAGAAUUAUAGACAAUAUAUUAAAAGCCUGUGAUGCUGUCUAAAGCUUGGUUAAAUGAGCCAUAGUGCCAUCUACCUUUGAAAUGUCACACUUUAUUUAAAUCAUCAUUCAUCUGCAUCUUCAAGACUGACUGACCUUUAUUAAGGUUUGCUACCAUAUGUUCAUGUCACUAAUGAUGUUAUGCCCCAGGGGUGCUUUUAUGAGUAUGUGUUAGAUGGAAUUUUAAUGUUAUGUUCAGUGUGCACGGUACAAAUUUGGAGAUGUUUUUUUAAUACAUGUUAUCUGCAUUAAUGUGCUGUGAAGCCUGUGAUGUUCAAGGUUUAGUCAUGUUGUUUUCAAUAUUAUGUAUCUACAUGAAUGUGCUGUGAAGCUUGUGAUGUUCAAGGUUUAGUCAGAUGUUGUUUUUAAUAUGUAUCUACAUGAAUGUGCUGUGAAGCUUGUGAUGUUCAAGGUUUAGUCAGUAAUGCAGUUAACGAGAAAAACAACAGAAUAGUAGACAGUAUAUUUAAAGCCUGUCUAAAGCUAGACAGCUGGCAGCCGUCUGUUUCGAGUUUUUUAACAUUUUAAUUUUUCUUAAAAUUUUUCCUCGUACACAGGCGGCUCGCUAUCGUGCAGCUGCCAUUAGGGGGUUAACAAUGCACAAUCCCCCGGACGGGGCUCAUCGAUUUGUCUUUAUUUCAUAAACAUAUAUAAAAAGAACUGUACCAAAAUAAAGAUUAUCAUUCCGUUUUGGCCUGAAAUGCACCAAAACGGGGAAAAAACAGUGACUUACUUAGGCUGUCGUGCAACUUCACUUCCCUGUUUUAUCCGAACUUAAUACAUAAACAUAUGGCCAUUGAGUCCCUGUAGGCUGUACAGAUCAAGCUAGAACUUCGGUCUCUGUAUUUGGCGAGUGGAGCCAACAGAGUUAAGCGGAACAACCAACAUAAGAGACCGAAGCUUUUGGUCUAGUCUAUUAAAAGCUUUGGUAAAGGAUAAUUACAAUGAAGUUGUGAACUAAAGUAGAUUAAUGAUUAUCAUUGGAAGUUAUUUGGCACAUUUGUGACAAUUCGUCACAUAUCAAAUUCUGAACAACACCUAAGGAGUCAUUUGCGCUCGCUUAUAUUAUCACACCACAUUAGAAUUUUGGCGGGAAUAAAGAAUUUCAUUAGGUUAGGGGUGUUAAAAUGAACGGAUAAUUACAGUGGGAAAAAGGAUAUAAAAACACAAAGACAGAAGAAGAUCGAUCAUUUGAUUCUUUCUUGAGCUUUUGGUGGCUCUGAAAAGAGCCGUUUAUUAUUGUCAGUCAAAGAAAAGACAACUUAAGCACGCUCGCCACGGAUACGGCGGGCAAGCUGGAUGUCCUUUGGCAUGAUGGUGACACGCUUGGCGUGGAUGGCGCAAAGGUUGGUGUCCUCGAAGAGACCGACCAAGUAAGCUUCGCUGGCCUCCUGGAGAGCCAUGACGGCGGAGCUCUGGAAGCGGAGCUCGGUCUUGAAGUCCUGAGCGAUCUCACGGACCAGACGCUGGAAGGGGAGCUUUCGGAUGAGAAGCUCGGUGCUCUUCUGGUAGCGACGGAUCUCACGGAGAGCGACGGUUCCAGGCCUGUAACGAUGGGGCUUCUUGACUCCGCCAGUGGCUGGGGCGGACUUGCGAGCUGCCUUGGUGGCGAGCUGCUUGCGUGGAGCCUUUCCUCCGGUAGAUUUGCGAGCGGUCUGCUUGGUACGGGCCAUUGUUGAUUCUUCAGAUAGUUAACUGAUAAAUUUUCAAAGUAACCGCGACGUAUUUAUACCUCCAGACUGCUUCUCGCUGAUUGGCUUAUACCAGUGAAUAGACGUUCGAUCACUCCUCAUUGGUCGCUUCCUCUACGAAUCGCUGCCCUCAUGCAUUACGCAUUAGUCAUGCGGUCCAUCUGUUCGCUUCCAACACGAAAAUUUGAAUCUUAUUUUGCUUAUUUUGGAGAAUUUUCUUUGAUAUUAACUUUAAAAUAUGAACGCAAUCUCUGCCACAAGUAAACACCUGCGCAAAUAACACGAUUUUGUAACUGAUUUAUUAAUAAACGAAUAGUUAUAUGAAGAAUUUAUCAUUUUACCAUCAUGUGUGGCAACCGUAGGAAUCAUGCAUUAUUCAUGAAAGGAGUACGGCCAUAACAUAUCUCUCAUAGAUUAUUUUUAUUUCAAAUAUUUAUGAUUAGAUAUUAAUUAUCAUCAUUAUUUAUACUUACAGCAUAACUUAAUUAUCAAAUACACCGUAUGUAAUCGGUGGUAUAUUCUGAUUUUGAACAUUCGAGUAAUUUGGGGGCAAUAUAGAAUCUAACGCACGCCCCCGCGCACGCCGUAAACGGGUUCUCUUUCUCAUGUAUUAUGCAUGAGUAGCGUUUCGCUGUCGGCGGGAAAUUGGAAAUUGGUUGGUUUUGUGACGGGUUGCUGUAUUCGCGGAACAAAGGAAUUAGUCGAGUGGUCACUCACGUGCGCAUAAAGGCUAUAUAUACCGCACGAACAGCAGAAUUGAGUAUCAGUUUGAAUCUCAAACAAGAAACUAAACAUGUCUGGACGUGGCAAAGGAGGAAAGGGACUCGGAAAGGGAGGCGCCAAGCGUCAUCGCAAGGUCUUGCGUGAUAACAUCCAAGGAAUCACCAAGCCAGCCAUCCGUCGUCUUGCCCGCCGUGGUGGUGUCAAGCGUAUCAGCGGUCUCAUCUACGAAGAGACCCGUGGUGUCCUCAAGGUUUUCCUUGAGAAUGUCAUCCGCGAUGCCGUCACCUACUGCGAGCACGCCAAGAGGAAGACCGUCACCGCCAUGGACGUCGUCUACGCCCUGAAGAGGCAGGGACGUACCCUCUACGGAUUCGGAGGUUAAGAAGUUACACUUCUGCUGACCAACGGCAAAACGGCUCUUUUUAGAGCCACCAAAUACUCAAGAAAGAAUCAAAUGGUUAUUUCUCUGUCAUCAAUGAUUGUAUUUUUUUGUGUUAUUCAAAGUCAAAUCCCCUUUCCAAAAGAAAAUAGAUAACAAACUCAAAAACCCAUUUUCCAGCAAAUGGUAGACGAGGAAUCGACUUGACAUUAACCAUUACAUGUUGCAUUACAAACAAAAAGUUGCAAGGCAAAAAAAGUCUGAAGAAUUUUAUCCCGAAUGUUCUUAUAAAAUGUCUGUUCAUUUUCCAACACCGUGGAAUUUGAGUUUAUAGAGAAAAUAAAUUUGAGUUAAUUCCAGUAAAAAAAUCACCUUCAUUUCGGAAUGAAGACCUUUUUCGUUUUAUUUCAAAUCAAAUCACCUUUCUUAACCAACCACCACCCCUUCUGAGGAUUGUCCCUGACCCCGCAAAUCGCCCAAAAUGAUUUUUCAAGUGAACGUGUACUGUUUCGAGAUGUGUGUGUGUGUUUUAUCAAGGCAAUGUCGGAAACGAAAUUUUGUUAUUUUAUUCCCAUUGCAUGUACAUGAAGUAUGAAAUAAAAAAUGUGAUUGUUAUUUUUACAAAAAAAAUAAACAGGCUUGGUAUUAUAAAAUUUGUAGGUGUUAUCACACCAGCAAUUUAACCAUCAGUUUUCAUAAAGAAACUGCCAAGAAAUACUCACUCCCUAUUAUAUCAUUGUUUUCCAAUGCAGAAAUUACGAAUGGCAUCUCGUCCCGCCGUUGACUUUGGGCCCGUUCUCAAUCUUCAUCGCAAAGAAGCCGGUUUCCCACCUCUGCCAAGCCGCUCUCAGAACGGCCACGGCACGCUCGAUGAAACCAACAAUACAUUCGUCUGAGGUGUGGAACAUACCAUUCAGUUUAAGGGGUGCAUUCGAUUGGGAAUAUAAUGGGUGUAAAACACCACUCCCUUUAUGAAAACCAAGGAUCUAAAAAUAAAAACCUACAAAAUGAAUAUUAAACUACAAGUGCUGCCAAGAGAAUGUUAUGUUUGUUGUUUGCUGAAUUUAUUUAUCAUUAUUAUUAUUAUUUUUUUUUUUUUUGGGGGGGGGGGAUGUUGAUCAAAUCUGUCUAUUGACUGGAUAUUGGCAUAAUUGUAUUUAAAAUAUUGUUAUUAGGGCACGGAAGGUGUCUGGCAUUUUAAGAUUUUAAGGAUCCUUUGGGAUGUCAAGGACACCCAAGUCCAUUUUUUUUCUUCUCUUUUAUUCCUUUUAUCUUAUUUUCCCCUCUUAUUUUUUCACUACUUGACAAUCAUUAUUGGGGAUAGGACCCCCAUGGUACCAGCAGGAUCGGGAAAUAGUGUAGGCUAUACCAGAACUCAACACCCCUCUGCAUUCUGUCAAUAUAUAUUUGUUUUCAACAUAAGACUUUGUGAUCUACUCUUGAAUGCAUCCAAAUUCAUGAAAAAUGCAGAAUUCCUGCUAUGAAAAAUAAAGAAAAAAUGAGGAAAAAAUAUAGAAAAACAAACUAAAAAAAGAUGGAAGGAAGAUCUCCAUAAUUCAGCAUAAAGGAUUACUUACUUUCAGCUUACCAAUGGAACACUGGUAGAUAAAGCAUCAGUAUUAAAGUUAACUUCACAAUCAUAUAAGGUACAUAUAUAUAUUUUUUAGAAUGCUUUAAAGGUGAAAUAUUAAUAACAGCCUAACAGGGUCAAAUAAAUGCAGCUUUAUAGGAGCUAGACCCAUGUAAAUGUAAGCUGCAAAUAAUGAAUACCUUGACUGCAAGUUAAAAGCUUUCGCUGAAUAUAGACUUUACAAUAGACUGAGCAGAUGAGUCUGAAAGUUGAGACUUUGAAGUCCAAGAAUAUAUUUUUGUAGAAUUACAAUUUACCCUUGAAUAUUAAGCCACCUUGUAAGAGCUCUUUAGAGAUAAUAUGACACAGAGAGAGAUUAAUAAAAUAGUUUGAGAAUAUUACUGAGAGGUGAAAUCUAUUAUACUAGUUUGAUCUCUCAAAUAUGCUGUCAAUAUGUAGUAUAUAUAUACUACACAAAUGAAUUUAUUAUGUUAUGUAUGAAUAUAUGAAAUCAAUCUUGAUAUGGUUCAUCAGGGUACAGAUAUAUUUAUAUACCCAGAAACAAUAAUGUAAUAUGAUGUGCACUAUAACAUUACAUGCCCACCCCUUCCCUGAUAAUAUAUGUAUAAGUAAUAUAAUGUGAUAUAUACUAACAUACUCAUCUUUCUCAACAUAUCCUGUCAUUUCAGAAGUACAAAAUGAUAUAAUGUUAUGUACACUAUAAUCUCUCCUUUCAUUCCCCCCUACAUGCCCCUUACUGCUCAUUUUCCCAUUAUUCUCUCCUAAAAUAUAAAAUUGAUAUGAUUGUAUGAAACUAUUGGUUUAUAAAAUAUAGGAUCAUAUUUCGACAUUUUUUAUUAGUUAUGUGCAAUAAAGCUUGCAAACUUUAAGUCCUUUAUAAUUGAAUUGACUUGAAUUAUUCUUUCACUUUGGGGUCAAACUAUCUGAACUGCCAAACAUGUGCUGGACACUUAUAUAUUUACGAGUAUCUGAAAUACAGUAUAAAUCAAAGUGGUACCAGAUAAAGAGCAAAUUAUGUAUACAGAGAUGAUCAAGCUUUCUCAAUAUUUGUUUAUUAAUAAGACUUCAAAGUCUUCUUGAUUAAUGUGUCUGGUAUACUGUAAAUCUGUUUUUUUUUUCUUCUAAUUUUGAAAUUAUAUUUAUCACCAUGCAUUGCUGCUGGAAACUAUUUCUUUUGAAUUAGGGACAAUCCGAAUUAUUUAAGCUAGCUUGUAAAAGCUCUGUACACCUGCUUAACUGGAUAUUUGUUGUUUAAAUGUAUUUGUAGAUGAUUAUACUCAAAGCAUAGAAGAAUAUUUGCAAAAUGGAUACUACAAUAUUUCUACACGUACAUGUAUCUCGUUCAUGCAAAUCCUUCAAGAUGAUUAAAUGAUAUAAAUAUACGGUUAUUCCUUGAUGCGGAUUUUCAUUGCUAAAGUAGCUUCAACAUUUAUAGGAAUACAAGGUGAUACAGUGUAACAUGUACAGUAUAUAUUUUACAAAUUGUGUUAUAGUUUAUUACUUUUUAUGAUAUUUAAAAAAAAGGUUGCAAAUAUGAAUGUUUGGAACAGGGUAUAUGUGCUACAUAUUCAGAUUUGAGCAUUUUAAUGCAUGCGAUGUGUUUGUGUGAAUUAUAUUAUCUCUACGAUGUAUAUAGCACUUUCACUGAUCAGCGUAUGGUCUUAUAAACAAUCAAGCUAUGUAGGGGGGGGGGUCCAGGUACUCAGUUCCAAAAGUAAAAAUUUCAACAAUUAAUGAAAGGCACAAAGAUUAUGGCCCGUACUCUGAAGUUAGGCCAUGGACUAACUAUGCUAAAGUUAUGGGAAGUUGAAAAUAUCAAAAUUUUGUAUAUAACGUUUGUUUCUUGUUUUUGCUUUCCCCAUGCUUCACUGGUGAAGACCAUUUGAGUCAUUAUUACCAUAGAGUUAUGAUUAAUUUGAUUAAUGUUGAGAGAUUCGUGGCACAAUUGGCUAUUUACAGUUAAACCACAACUUUAGACCACACUUUAAAUUGAACCCUUCAGAAUACGGGCCUAUAUGUUCAUCUCAAAUGUUUUGGGGUUUUUUUUUUGUAAUUGGUAGAAAGAAUAUUUUCUAUUUUGAAAAGAUUUUUACAAACUGCUUGUAAUCUUUGAAGUAGUGUGCUGUGUGUCAAUUGAUACUAUAUGGUGUGCGAAGUUAUUUUUUCUCUUCUUUUACUACACAUUCCACUUGUAUAUUAAGACCCCAUGUGCCUGUAUACAUUAAUUGACUUUACUUGGUUGAUAUCAUUCAUAUCAAAUGAAUAUUUACUUAUGUUGCUCAUUGGGUGAAAGAUUAAUAGAUCCCUCACCUGGGUCGUCCAGUCACGAAGCUUAAAAUAAUAAUUGUUCAUUAUCUUUUGGAUGGAAUUUUAUGAAUUGGUAUUUGAGGUUUAUUUAAAUAUGAAUAUAGGAGGUUAUCUGUUUGUGAUGUUUACAAUGUAUCACAAUGUUUUGAUUUACUUUAUUUUUUGGAUACUCUUUUUGUAUUGUAAAUAUGUAAAUAUGGAGCGCAAUAUUGAGAAAGAAUAGUCCAAAAUGUUUUUUUUUUUUUGAAAAUAUGGUUUUAUAUAACCUUUUCAGUUCUAACUACAUACUCUAUAAAAGCUAUUUUAAGAGAAAAUUCGAAUCUUGCGGUUUUAACCUCUUUAUAUGAUGUUAAUUUCAUCAUGUUCAUGGUAAGGAAUUCGCUAAUCUAUUGGUUGUAAAUGUUAGAAGUCAUGCUUCAUGUGAUUUUACAUCCAUUUAAUAUUUCCUUUCUUGUCAAGUAACAAAGACCGAGUUCGUGGACAUUUUAAAAUUUAUCUUUUUUCUCAUGUUUUCCUUUUUAGAACGUAAAAUGUGUGAUGUAAAUAAUAUUGACUGAAAAGUAAGGUCAAAGAUAGAAUAUAUUUGCAUGUUUUACGGUGAUAAGAUUUUUGUAGAAUGGAGUAGGAAUAAUCUGAACCGUCGCAGCUGAAUAACUUGUGUUAUUCAUACGGAAAAUAUAUGAUACGGAAAAUAUAUAAUAUAGAAACAACAACAACAAAGAUUCGAGUUCAACGACCAAGCUGAAUCACAUGUUAACCAUGUUAACUGAAAUAAUCUGGUUCACCAUGGCUGAAGAUACAUCAGUUCUCUCUUUUGAAAUAUGCUGAAAUUUUGUUUAUUUAUUCUUCAAGUUAUUGUUCUUAUGUAGGUUGUCCCGUCAAGUAUCUCUUUACAAUGUUAUACUUCUCUGCAUAAGCAUUAUUGGAAUGCAUUUAUCAGGUACUACUAGUACGUGGCUCACGUCAUAUCCUCGCAUUGAAUGCCCGCUUUUUCUUUUAACUGGAAAUGUAGCAGCUAAAAUAUCAAAGACGCUUUUCUGACUCAUUGAUUGUUAUUGUUAAAGUUAUGUAUAGAGAUUCACCCCCUCUUCACUUUUAUCGAAAUAAACUUAGCUGAAACCAAAUUCGUAUGUCACGUUUAAUGAAGCAUGGUCUUCCAGGGUAGACACGGUUAUGUAAAAGUUUCAGUAUGGAUGUUUUAUUGUUAUGAGUUUACUGUUUGUGAAUGGUAAUAGUUAUGAUAUUGGUGUCCCUAUGUUUGCUUUCGCUUUUUAAAUCAAAUGGAAGCAUAUGAAGUGAUAUCCCCGUGUAUAUAGAUCUUUGUAAAUAAAUGUAUUUACACAGUUAGUCAUCAAUCUUGACUCAUUGGUACAUUAAAACAAAAUAAUAAAUGA